ACAUUCUCAGUACUUAACAGGCUAUUGCAACCAGCAGUCUAAAUUGACAGUAUUCGGUAUUUAGGCGACGUUAAAAGUUUAUAAAAAAACAAUCAAACAUGCAGUCAUCUAUGUUGCUUGUUUCGCUAUUGCUGAUCUCCACUUUGCUACUGGUCAGCGUUCCGUCUGCAGAAUCGACGCUAAUUUUAUUGCUUUGUGCCCUACGUUCACCGUUAUGUCCAUUCACCACAACCACAACCACAACUGCUGCUCCUGCAUCGGGCUCGUAAGCUAAGUGUGGCCAAAAGUUAACGAUACAACGAUACUAAACAGGACAUGGUUUUAAAGAAGUACUUCUCUGUCUUUUAAUGGAUUUGGAUAAAUAAAAAAAUUAUUGCAAAUUAGAAAA